AAAACAACGGUUCUCGGGGUCGAAAGCUGAGUGUGUGUGAGCGAAACAAUCCUAUAGCUAUAGUAUAUGUAAAUACAGUAGCAUCAAUGACUGAAGCAUCAGUUGUUGCGAGUACGUCGAGCAGUGAAGAUGUGAGCGACCUAUUUCAGGACCUAAUUCAGAAAACUAUCAAGAAGCGGUAUCUAACUGUAAAGUGGAAGAUAACUGUGAGCCAGUUCGAGAUAACGGCAGGACAGCGGCGUGAUCCUGCGAGGAUUUUGUUCCGCUACCGUGACAUCCAGGCAUCUCUUUCACAUUGUAUACAAUGUUCAAAAUGGCGAUAUUUCCGAGGAUGAUAGUAACCUUGACGUUGGUGAUGGUAGCAAGUGGAUCCGGUGUUGGUAAAGCUUGGGAUGUUUCUCCAUCACUACAACCUAAUUCUCAUCGACUGUCUUGGCCUCGCGUGGAUUCCUCGCCCUUGGAGAUUCGCACAAUUAGUGGUGUAGGUCGAAUUCCUCAACAGUUCAGGGACGAUUUCGAAAUCAAUGUUGAUCCAAAAGAGCCGGAUUCGAAUAAUCAAAGAAAAAGUAGGAGAAAGGAAAUCCUUCAGGACGAUAAAAUCGAUUUCCAGAUAAGAGAAAGAGAAUCAAACCCCACUGAAAACAGUAUGGAUUUUUCAGAUUUUGAGGAAAUUGUUCCAGUCAUAGAUGACGCGCAAUUUAAGACAAUUGAAGUGACAGAACAACGAGUUCGUAGAGACACAGAGCCCAAAAUGGAAAAAAUAGCAGGCACCAAGAACGUUCGAGAAGCUCGUCUAAGUUCUCCAGAUUCAUGGUCAAAACAGCCCAUCUCCGUUGAAUUUCGGCAUCGAACACCCUUGGACCAAAUAACCCCAGAUGAAGAAGACACUCCAAUUUCUUCGCGAAGAGGUUCUUUUCCUGAAACUGAUUUUAUCACCAGCAACCGAAGAUAUUUUGCGGAAAGUAGAGAGUCCAGAGAAAUGCCAGUCGCAAGAACUUAUGACGACUAUGAUGUCCCAAUCUAUCAUAGUCCAGCACGAGAAUACGAUGUCCCGAUUCCUCGAAAUUAUUACUAUUCUAAUCCCAAUCGAUACCGAACUGAACGAGAUUAUCGAUAUCGAGGAUCUGCAAUGCCACCACCAUAUCUCUACGAUCAAUAUCCUGCAAACAAUUUUGAAUACUACGAAAGAAACAGAGCUGUGGCGAAACCAAAGAGAAUCAUCUACUACGCAACUUUGCCAGAGAUUGUAAGAAAACCUGACUUGGGAAAUUAUCCCAGACCUUACGAUGGACCAUCAAGAGUUCCACCAGCAUCAUCAGUUCCAAGAAAUUCAAUAACAGGUCGAAAACACGUUCAGGAACCUUUGGAACCUAGCAGACGACCAUAUUUUAGAUAUCCUUAUGAUGCUUACCAUUAUGAUGGCUACAAAAGACCCGGAUUUUAUGAUCGCUCCGCUUCUUUGCAUAAAGAAAGUGGUCGUCGAAAUUCGCAGGACAGAAACAUAGUUCCAUCACACAAGGAAAAUUUAAGGAUGGCUGAUGAUCCUAACGAAAACAGCAGUCAGGAGAGGAAAACUAGAGAUAAUCAGAAUCUUCCCUGGCCAGUUCAAAUUGGAACUGAAGUUAGUGUUAAGGAGAAUGAAAGAAUACCUGGUAGAAAAAUUUUUGGACAGUUGGAGAGUUAUGAUAGGUAUGAGAGUGCACGAGUGAAAAAGGCUCCGAAUGAAUCUGAUGGUGGGACGACGCAGGAUAGCAAUUAGGAUAAUUUAUUGUUCUUUAUUUAUUACUUAAGGAAGGUUCUCAUAAUUUUUUGGGCAGUGUUUAUUUUAUCGUGGUCUACCGACUUGAUUUACGCGCACUACCACGAAGCUGAGGGAUCGCCAGACUACCUGGAGGGGAAGUUACGAAGUGGGGGUAAAGCAAAUAGGUAGUGCGCUGCGAUACCUAUAUCAGCACCAGUCCUAUUAAUCACCUUCACAUUUUUUGUUAUCUUAGCAUCCGUAGGGGUAUCGUGGUUCAAAUAAAUCCAAGAGAUGGCGCUCCGAUUAGGUAUGUCUGUUUUUACAUUGUUAUGUAUAGCAAAAAUGCUAACAUUUCAUCAAAAACUUUAUAAUUUUUACGAAUAUAAAAGAAAGAACAAAGUUUUCAGUUACAAUAAGAGCAGCUGUAACUAGUAACACAAAAAAAUUCGUGAGUAACAAUUUUUGCGAAUUUCAAACUUAACUUAUAAUAAUAGUAAUAAUAAUUACACUUAACCAUUAAUUAUUAGAAUUACAACUACAAUUAUAUUUCCACUCUCUAUAAAAAAAAUAUAUUUAUACAUAAUUUAUUUAUAAUCAGCGUGGGGACUUGAGCGGGAAACCAUGCAAGGCCAAGAGAAAAACUGGCAAUUAACGGGAAUUAAAUUAAUUUUUACUUUAUAUACAGUUGCAGGGCAUAUAAGUUAAAAUGAUUAUUGUUUUUGUUUUAUAAAAGGGACUUGGUAAAGUAUUAAAAUUUCUGUUCGGACCAGGAAUUUUCGACAUGGAACGGGAAUUUAAAAAAAAGGAAAACUGGGAUUUUGAAAGAAAAAGUUUAAAAAUCCCUGUUUCAAGUCAAAAUUCGUCACAAUUUAAAAGUUCUAUCUUCCGAAAUUUAAAAAAAGAGAACAAAAACGGUAAAUAUCCUAUUGAAAGUGAUUUUCAUGAAAAAAAUGUCUGAAAUAGACAAUUUAAAUUAUAAAAACUUGUAGUCCAGUAAAUUAUUUAUUGCGUUGAAA